AGAAUUCUGGGAGGUGGUCUUUGCUUCUGCUCAGAAGGGCAGUUGGGAGUCUGGAGAAGACAAGAAAGACAGAGGGGCUUCCUCCAUGUUCGGUCACUGGGCAGCGAACGUGGUACGACGGAUGGGCAGACAUAGUGGACUAGGCACUGUGGGACGUCCCAAGUUCUGGGCGCCGCAACGAAGGGAUCUCUCCCUCCAUGAAUACCUGAGUAUGCAGCUGCUAAAGGAAGCUGGUGUCUCAGUGCCAAAGGCCCUGGUGGCCAAAACCCCCGAGGAGGCCUUCCAAGCCGCCGAGAAGAUCGGGACGGAGGACCUGGUGGUGAAGGCCCAGGUUUUAGCCGGGGGGCGCGGCAAAGGGACCUUUGAAGGUGGGCUGAAGGGCGGUGUGCAGAUGGUGGGUUCUCCAGAGGAGGCCAAGGAGGUGGCUUCAAGGAUGAUCGGCAAGAAGCUCUUCACCAAGCAGACGGGCGAGAAAGGACGGAUCUGCAACCAGGUCCUUGUCUGCGAACGCCGCUAUUUGCGGAAGGAGUACUACUUUGCCAUCACCAUGGAGGGUGCCUUCCAGGGACCGGUGUUGAUUGGCAGCUCCCAAGGUGGGGUCAACAUCGAAGAGGUGGCUGCCGAGAACCCAGAGGCCAUCUUGAAAGAACCGGUGAACAUCGUGGAGGGCAUCCAGGAAGAUCAGGCCCUACGGCUGGCCCGGAAAAUGGGAUUUCCCACCAAGGUGGUGGGUGCGGCUGCCGAGAACAUGGUCAAGCUGUACCACCUGUUUAUCAAGUACGACGCACUCCUGGUGGAGAUCAACCCACUGGCGGAGGACUCUACGGGGACCGUGAUGUGUGUGGACGCCAAAAUCAACUUCGAUGACAAUUCAGCCUUCCGUCAGCAAAAGGUCUUCAAGCUGCAGGAUUGGACCCAGAUGGACGAGAAGGAGAGAGAGGCAGCCAACGCAGAACUGAACUACAUCGCAUUGGAUGGGAACAUCGGUUGUCUGGUCAACGGGGCAGGCUUGGCCAUGGCCACCAUGGACAUCAUCAAGCUCCACGGAGGCUCGCCGGCCAACUUCCUGGACGUCGGUGGAGGGGCCACGGCGGAGCAGGUAAAGGAGGCCUUCAAGCUGAUCACAUCCGACAAGCAGGUGCAGUCCAUCCUAGUCAACAUUUUUGGUGGCAUCAUGCACUGCGACAUCAUCGCCAAAGGCAUCAUCCUGGCGGCCACCGAGCUGGAGCUGAAGAUUCCCGUGGUGGUCAGGUUGCAGGGCACCCAAGUCGAGCAGGCAAAGGUUUUGAUAGCCCAGAGCAAGCUGGAGAUCUUGGCCUGUGACGACCUGGACCAGGCGGCCAAAGUGGCCGUGGGCCUCUCCAAAAUCGUGACAUUGGCCAAGGAAGCCCAGCUGGAGGUGACCUUCCAGUGGAAGACCUGAGGAAGGUUCUCUGCUUGGGAUUUCUGAAGGCUCUCAAGGCCCCCAAACUUCUAAGGGCUGAAUCAGGCAAGCAUGGCUUCCAUCUCCACCAUGGCUGAUGAUCAGGAGAUCUCCUGUAGCUUCACUUCUUCUGUCCUCCUGUUUGUAGAUGACCAAGGAGGUCAACUGGAAACUCUAUGAUGGGCUUGGCUGGCUUCUUCCCAAUAAAACCUUGGCGUGAAGCUGA